GCCAUUGCACUUUAGGGCAAAAAGGUUAGGAAGCCGGCAUGGCGCUCCGGUCAAUAAAAUCGAUAGCUGGAAGCUGUCUAUGUUACAGGCAAAGGCGGUGCAGUAGCAGCGCCGCCAUUUUCCCCGAAGGCAUCUUCCGGUGCCUUUCACCCAAGUUCGGGCAGGAGUUUCCUGAAUAACAGCGAGGGGUUUCCGUUAUCCCCGCAGGCGGCCGAUUCUGAUUCCCUCCGGGCCUUCCCGGCCACGCUCAGCCCCGGGCUGGCGGGGGCUCCUAAAUCUUGGGGUUCGUCAUCGCCCAGAGGUCCGGGCUGGGAAGGGAAAGGCCGUGGCGCGGGUUUCUCAGGUCCAAUGGCGCCGCCUUCGGCUCCGCUCCCUGCUCGGGGACAAGGAGAGGCCGGACCUAGUCGGAGAAGGGGAAGGAGGCCAAGGGCCUUGAAGUUUGUGGACGUGGCCGUGUACUUCUCCCCUGAGGAGUGGGGGUAUCUGCGGCCCGCGCAGAGAGCCCUGUACCGAGACGUGAUGCGGGAGACUUACGGCCACCUGGGCGCGCUCGGAUGUGCAGGUCCUAAGCCAGCCCUCAUCUCCUGGCUGGAACGAAAUACCGAUGAUUGGGAACCGGCUGCCCUAGAUCCGCAAGAGUAUCGGAGAGGAUUAACAGUCCAGAGGAAAACCAGAAAGAAGAAUGGGGAGAAGGAAGCAUUCCCACCUAAGGAGGCACCCAGAAAAGGCAAACGGGGACGGAGACCCAGCAAACCCCGAUUGAUUCCCAGGCAAACGUCUGGGGGCCCCAUCUGCCCUGACUGUGGCUGUACCUUUCCUGAUCACCCGGCCCUGGAAAGCCACAAAUGUGCCCAGAAUCUGAAAAAGCCUUACCCUUGCCCAGAUUGCGGGCGCCGCUUUUCCUACCCAUCCCUGCUGGUCAGUCACCGGCGGGCACACUCUGGUGAGUGCCCCUAUGUUUGUGACCAGUGUGGCAAACGCUUCUCCCAGCGCAAGAACCUUUCUCAGCACCAGGUUAUCCACACCGGGGAGAAGCCUUACCACUGCCCUGACUGUGGCCGCUGCUUCCGCAGGAGCCGGUCCUUAGCCAACCACCGGACCACACACACAGGCGAGAAGCCCCACCAGUGCCCUAGCUGUGGGCGUCGCUUUGCCUACCCCUCCCUGCUAGCCAUCCACCAGCGCACACACACGGGAGAGAAGCCCUACACCUGCCUGGAAUGCAACCGUCGCUUCCGCCAGCGCACCGCCCUAGUCAUCCACCAGCGCAUCCACACUGGUGAGAAGCCAUACCCGUGUCCAGACUGUGAGCGCCGCUUCUCCUCCUCGUCUCGCCUGGUCAGCCACCGGCGCGUGCACUCUGGGGAGCGGCCCUACGCCUGUGAGCACUGUGAAGCCCGCUUCUCCCAGCGCAGUACACUGCUCCAGCACCAGCUCUUGCACACGGGAGAGAAGCCCUACCCUUGCCCUGAUUGCGGCCGUGCCUUCCGGCGGAGUGGCUCCCUAGCCAUUCAUCGCAGCACGCACACCGAGGAGAAGCUGCAUGCCUGUGACGACUGUGGCCGCCGCUUUGCCUACCCCUCGCUGCUGGCCAGUCACCGACGGGUACACUCGGGCGAGCGGCCCUAUGCCUGUGACCUUUGCUCCAAGCGCUUUGCCCAGUGGAGCCACUUGGCUCAGCACCAACUGCUGCACACUGGGGAGAAGCCCUUCCCCUGCCUUGAGUGUGGCCGAUGCUUCCGUCAGAGGUGGUCUUUGGCUGUCCACAAAUGUAGCCCCAAGACCCAAAACUGUAGCCCUAGAUCUGCUAUAGGGGGGCCCAGCCAAAGGGGUAAUGCGCUUUAGAAUGGAAAGGAACUUGUACUUCCUUUCACUUCAUGGAGGAAUCCAGAGAGGAGUCGUCCUAGGUCACACAGGGCAAAGCAAGAACUAAAAUCCAGGCCUUCUGCUUCACAUACCUGACCUUUAGUGUAUUCUACCACAUUGGCUGCCUUACUGUAUGUGUCUAAAACAGUCCCAUUAGGAGAGGUGACAUCAUUUUGUUAAAUUUUCCAAGCUACCCUAUCCUAAAAUAAUUUAUGUGAGCAGAUCCCAGGGCUAAAAAUCUUUUUCAUCUAUUUUGAGUGCUGUCGGUUUAGUUUGUGCAUACAGGAUUACCUGUCCCCUUGCAUACUGUCAGGAAAAUCCCAUUUAUAGGGAGCAGGACCUCUCAUACUCUGCCUCUUUCUCCAAACAAGGCCAAAAAGCCCAUUUUUUUCCACCACUCCUGCCAAGUGAUCUACCGCUUGCUUGAAAACCCCCCUUGAGGUAGGGGGCUCACUACCUCACAAGGCAGGUCAUUUUCUAUAUGGCAGUCCUUCAAAUGACCUAGUUUCUUUUUCUUUUUUCUUUCUUUUUGAUACUGGGGAUAGAUACCAGGACAGUUUGCCACUGAGCUACA